AUGAGGUAAGUGUUUUUACUUCCUCCUUCUUUACAAAGAGAAAAAUGGAAAAAGUCACGUCGACUGGACGGCGCCCUCAAUUAAUUUGAAACAGCGCAAAUUCACUAGGUCGCUCGAUACUAUGAUCUUUUGCAAAAGACGUAGUAACAUCUUGAACUUUUCACCGUUUGUUUUUUUCCACUCGUGAACGAAAGUACGGUCAGAAAUCCGCCCAUCAGAAAAGAACAGUCCAAAACCUCAAAUCACUUGUUGACGGGUGUCUGUCCCGGCAUUUUUAAAGAAAAAGCAUAAAGAUCGUAGGCACGGGAGGAAGAAGUGUCCAAAAAAACAAAAAAAAAACCAAAAAAGUUUUUUGAAAAUUGUCAGUUCUCCUAACUGCACAGCAGACAUUGAACGGUCUGAGCAGACAGGGGUGAUUGAUCGGAGCCAUGCCGAAGAACGCCCAAGAGUGUGGCCAGACGAAGACAACUUGUCCCUGACAUUUUGUCGCCAGCAGGUGUGUGGAGCAUGAAAGAGGGAAGAAAGAAACAUGUCUCACAAAAUCUGAACGCUUUUUAAGCGUGUUGACGUUAAUAAUUAUGUCACUUGCAGCGACACUUUACCUAGCCCUGAUCUCCCUGCAGGGAUCCCCGUUGAGUUGCCAGCUGGUACUCAGAUCGUGGUAGAAGCUCAAGUUCUCACUUCAGACGUUGAUCGAACAAUCGCCGAAGAACAAGCUGAACAACAACAAGUAAGUCCACUUGUUUACAGCCCUUAACGUCAUCUGGCUAUCUAUAAAAUUACCUUUUGAUUACGUUUCGGCAUAAUUGAAAUAGCCUAUCAUCCGAAUUGACACGCACUUUACCACCUACCCGAUUUCAGCAGCCAUUUGAGCAAUUACAAAUUCAACCGGGUCAAGCGGCGGGAGGAGGUAAAGUUAUGACCGCCCCUCGAGGCCCUAAGGGUCCUGUGCGAACUCUUUUUUGCCGUAAAUGCGAAGGGCAUGGGCAACAAGUAGUACUCAAAGGACAUGCAUCAAGUUGUCCUUACAACACUUGCACAUGUAAGACCUGUGCAAAUGUAAUGUCAAUGAGAGCAAAUGCGAUUAUCAGAAGGUAUAGGACAAGGACAUCUGAAUGCGGGUUAGUCCUCAAACCAGUUCAUUUCAAGAAUGGAAACACCCGACUAAGAGUAUUCCCAAAAUUUAUAAGUGGUAAGUACACACCCAAGUGCAAUUACCUUGUAGAGGAAGAAUGCCUUCCAAUUCCUUACGAACAACGUCAACGGGAACAAGAACUGCAAGAGCAAAACGCCUCGGCUCAAAGGCUAGCCAUGCUCAAUUCAAAUGGAAUUGAAAUACCGACCAAGAGCAACAAGGCUAUAUAUAAGACUACUAGUAUGAGAAGUUUAGAUCAUUACAUGAUGAAUGAAAACAUGCCAAAAAGAGCACAAUCCCACUCACCUCAACAAGAGAAGAUGGAACAAAGCCCUGAACUCAAGCAAGAGAUUAACAACUCGAGUUCUGCAGCUUCCUUGUAUUCUCAACAGAAUGAUUCUAGUUUAGUAGAACAAGUCAGUGAACAGACCGUACCUCAGAAUGAAGCUCUAGUCUCGGCUCUCCUUCAGAUGGUUCAACAACAAGGUCUCUCUGUAGACAACUACAUUUAUCAACUGCCAACAACUUCCUCAUCCAAUAUGAAUAUGAGUAAUCUGCUGCAAAAAAUGCAGCAUCAGUUAACAACAACAACAGCUGCCGAAUUUACGCAGAACUUCACCCAGCCCAUUUCAACAAAUUCGCAACUUUCCGGUUAUUACGCAUCGAUAGGAAACAAGAACAGCAUCUCAAAUGGUAUGCUUUACAUCAAAUCAACCUAGAUAAUCUUAUCGAAGUUACGCAAUUUUACUUUAGGCUAUGUACAACCAGAAGAAUAUCUGGCAUUAACGGAAACUCUGAGUCUAAAUGCGGAGGGGAAGAAAAGACUGACCAAUCCUCGCUACCAACGAUUCCUAGCUACAGUGGUCGAAUUGGAACGGCAACUCGUAGCCGAAGAAGCAACUCUGGCCGGCUACUGA